UUGUAAAACCAAUAAACUACAACUGUUUUGUUCUGUAACUAUUUAAGUACGUAUUGCCAACAUUUGUAUUGGAAGGAUACAAAAAAAAAAAAAAAGAAACUAUAAACAAAAGAGUGAAACUAACAAACAAACAAAAAACUGCAUUAGCCAAAAUGGUUUUCAUGACUUCUAUAGUUGUCUUCACUCAUUCAAAAAUAACCUUUUCUUCUUUUGUUAUUUAUUGCACAAUCAUACAAAUUUGCGCUACAAGCAACACCUCUCUUAAACCAAUCCUAUAAAACCCACAAACACACACACAAACUAAACAAAAAUCAAACAUUUACAAAGAUUAUAGAGAAGGAAAAAACAUGACAAACCUAACUCACUCUUUGCUCUUCUUCUCCUGUUCCUUAUCUCUACUUAUACGUGUGGCCAUUGCAGGAAGUAGACCUGCUCAUGGUCCAGCUUAUUCAAACCCAUCUGCUUUCUCUCCAGAAGCUUACGAUUUCUUUCACCCAAAAUCAUCACUACCUGACAAUAAUCCACCAAGAAACUCGCAUUCUUUGCCAUUUCUUUCACCUUCACCUUCACCUUCAAAGGCAUCUAAUGUAGAAGCAGACACACAAGGAAGUAAAGUUUCAUCAGACGAACGCAUAAGUGAGAGUAGGAGAGAAGAAGGACGAGGAGAAACUGUUGGCAUAGUGAUAGGCAUUUCUUUCACAGCUCUCCUUUUAAUGGGAAUUUACUUUGUGAUCAAGAAACGACUAGCUAAUUUAACCCGCACGAUUGUAAUCCACUCUGAUGCUUGAUCAUUAUCAAGUAAUUAGUUAUUGAUUUUGCAUGCAGAAUGGUAGCAAAAUAGCUGGACUUUGGUCUGGUUUAAUUUAAUAUUCCGUUUGAAUUUGGGGUUCGACAAAAAUUAGGAAAACAUCUUGAAACUAUAUAUGGAAAAUAAUUUAAUAUUUCAUAAAGUUAAAUGGAUCUUAAAUAUGUUUUAGUUGCUGUCAGAAAAUUAAACCUUAUUCAGUUUGGAUUCAAGUCUAGUCGUAUUUUAGUCAACGAAAUAAGAACUAGAUUUUUGGUCAGAGUUUCUUCCAAUUUCAGACAGUCGCACUAAAAUGGCGUUCCGCGUUUUCCUCCGCGUCCUCUCCCUCACAGCUCUUCUCAUUUUCUCCGCUGUUUCUCCUUCUUUUGCCGCCUCUUCCUCCGACGAUGAGGAUUUUAGCUUCCUGGAAGAUCUCAAUGAUGAAGGUCCCGGUGAGCCACUUACUUCCCCUGUGAGUCUGAGCCAGACGAAUUCGACGGAGGAGAAGCCGGAAGACCCCGAAGCGUACGACGACGUGGAAUACGGAGAUUUCUCCGAUCUAGGUAAUCAAGUUUCGGAUCGGUUCCCGGCGACAUUACGUGGUGGUCGUCAAAGAGCGUAACUUCACAGACGUGAUAGAGAACAACCAAUACGUCAUGGUUUAGUUCUACGCCUCGUGGUGUGGUCAUUGCCAGUGUCCUGCGGCUCAAGGGAGACGGUGUCGGUUUGGCUAAAGUCGAUGCGACGGAGGAGAAUGAGCUGACUCAUCAGUAUAGCGUUCAGGGCGUCCCUACUAUUAUUCUCUUCUUUGUAGAUGGGGAGCACAAGCCUUACACUGGAGGGAGGACAAAGUAAGUGGAACUAAAGUUCAAAUCUUUAGUGUGAUUAAAGCUAGUGUUACUGAAGUUAGUGUGUGUCUUACAGAAAUACGUCACCGCAAUUUAUAUUGUAUGAUCAGAACUGUUUCAAUGGACUACAGAAAGAUGAGGAUAAGUAAAUUUUAGUUUUGACAUUCCAACUUUUUUUAUUUUGGUUUUAAAGGCCAGCUUGUACAACUGUUUGUCCCACACUGAAACAAGGUCACACUACUAGAGAGUUCAACUUGAUAGGAGAAGACCCAUGUAUAUGAUUGCAUACAUUGAGUAGAACUAGAGGAACUGAUCUCAAGGGAAAGAGACUACAGUAUAUAAAAAAUCCCAAAGCUCAAAUCAGUCACAUUAAUAUUCCUAACGCUCUUUUUUUGUUUCAUUAAUAGUUACAUUUCCUCUUCGGUGAAGUUGCCAAAACUUGUGCAAUUAGUCAAAAGUCAACCCUUAAAAGAAAUAUAAUUAACUUUACGUAGGCGUCAACAUUAAUUUAAAGUGGUUACUUGCCUUGCAUUUCUUAUUAUUGACUCUAAUUAUUAUAUUCUUUUACUAGGAUUUGGUCCGCCCUACGGGCGGGUUAUUAAUAAAAUUAUUACAUAUAUAUCAUCAAUUUAAUAAAUAUUUUAAGAUGUUUAGCUUAUUUUAAACUAGGGUCGGCCCGCCCUACGGGCGGGAUAUUAGUUAUAUUUUUUAAUUUUAUCGUGAAUCUUUGAUUUUAGAUACCAUUGUUUAUAUGGUAAAUUAACUCUUAGAUUUUACUAAUUGUGUUAACUUUUUGGUAUUUUUUUAUUUCUAAUUCAAUAAGCAUUGAUUUAUCAUGGUUGGCAGAUAUAUUAAUUAAUUAAUUGAUAUGAGUGUGAUAUAAUUUACUUAAUGAAAUAUAUAUUUUAAUGAAUCACAUUUUUUUUUAAAUAUGUUUUGAGAGAUAGAAACAGUCGUGAAAAUAUUUGUACGACUCUGUUUUCUUAUUAAUUGUAACAACGUAUUCACAACAAUUUACUUUCAUAAAAUUUUCACAACAAUUUCAACAAUUUAUUUUUGAAAUUAUAUGAUGUCUAGUUAUUAUAAUAUUAUAAUAUAUUUUUUAGAUUCUCUCAAUGUUUAUUUCACUUUAAUAAAAAUAAGUAAAAUAAUAUUUUUAAAACACUACGGUCUAAUCACGUUAUAAAUAAUAAGUAAAAUGAACUUACUUCUGUCUCUUAGAUUUGUUCAUGAAAUAAAUUGUUUUUUUUUCUUUUUCUUUAUACAGUUUUUCUUAAAAUUAAUGAUUUAGACGAUGCAAAAGAAAUAACUUAUUCAUUUUAACUAAAAUUAUUUCAAAAUAGAAAAUCUGAAACUGGUGGAAUUUUUUUUGUAUCCCACUAAACUGAUUUACUGUAUAUAAUACUGGUGAAUUUUUUUGUAAGCACAAUUUGAAUUAGAGAAGUGAUCUGUUAACAUAUUUUAAAAGGCUUGCAGGUCACGUGUGCAGAGGAUGCAUGGUCAUGUUUCCAAAUUUAUAAGCACUUCAGUUAUUUUCUCAGCUAUACAUCUGCCUGCAGUUUCACUAAUGCUCAACCAAACACAUUAACAAAUUUGAACGAUAAAGAAGAAAUUUAUGAA